UGGGCUAGAUUGUUAAGCUGUAAUACCUUGAUAGAUGCAUUAGGACAUUUUGAUUUAUUUAAAGAAACGUGCGGUAUAAAUUGUUGAUUUACAGGUCAGAUCAUCAUUGCUUGGUAAUGGGCAUUUGAGUGCAGUGUUGUAUGGCGUUCUUUAUUUGUUAAACAUGAAUUUGGCCACUUGGUGCAAUAAAAUCCUAAUUGUUUUGGCAAUUUUUCAAUGAAUAUAAUUCUAUAGGCGAACACAUAUAGUGUGAAUAAUAAACAGAAAAUAAUAUGGUCACAGUUACUAACUAAAACAAAGCACAGCUAUAGGAACUUUGUAUUUUAUGAAGGCAGAUAUUUAGGAAAUAAUACGGAAAUUCAAAAUGUUGUAAAAAUACCAUAUAUAUAUAAUUGAUUAAAUCAUUUGAUAGAGUAGACAGCAAACAACAGCGUAGAAUCGAGUGCCACAAACUUCAAUAUUAAUUGUAUAAAUUAAUUGCUUGAAUUUUAAAAACCAUGCAACAACCGUGAUAAAAUAUUAAAAUAUUGCAGUUAAACGAGUAUAAAGUAUAAAGAUAAUCGAUAAGAUAGUACAGUAAGUAUUUAAAAAAAUGACACAUUAUUUCUUAGGUAAAUAUAAUUGGUUUAGAAAGGCGUAAAACAAUAUUUUCACAUAUAAUCAGCAUGUCUGCGAGAUGAUAUUUCUUUAUGUACGUUUACAGUUUUUCUCAUUUAGCAGUAAGCUAAAGACAAUACAAUAUACAUGUGAACUAAAGUUUUUUGCAAAACAUAAAGUGAGAAGGUGUACCGUGUACUAUAAAGAAUGUAGAGGUUUUUUCACUAGUCAUUUUAGCGUGAUUAUUACUGCAAAUUGUGAGAAGAUUGCAGAUUGAAUAGCUUUGCUCAAUAAUUAUUCGCAAAUAUGCGCAUAGGUAGUUAUAUAAUAUAUAUGAGAUCUGCGGUUUGAUUGGUUAGUGUGCUGAAAUGCUCUCAUCUGAUUGGCUGUUUUACUAAUUUGCUCUCACCAACCUUCGCUGUUUGACAUUGUUUGACAUCCUCGCUGUAUACUGCAUUACUUUGCUGCCAAUUUUCGCAUCGGUGAAACUUUUGGUAAACAAUUGAAUAAACGGAAACAAACAUUGACAUUAUGUAAAAUUUAUUGCGGAAUAAAACUGUUGGGUUAUUUUUUACCGCGUUAAAAUGGAGUUGCAAAUACCUACCGGACUUACUGAUAUGCUGCAGGAUUUUACCGUUGUUGUUCUCCGCGAGCGACCUGAAGACAUGGUUGAUUUUGCUGCAGAAUAUUUUACGCAGUUAAAAUUGCGAAGCAAAACUAGUGGUAAAGGGGUUUCGUUCUAUUCAGAUGAAAAAGAAUCUGAUCAGGAGGAUGAAGAGGAACCCUUGGAACCACCAAAAAACAGAUAUGCUAGGAGGCAGUCAGUCUCAGCUGAACCUCUUGCUCCAUCAGAUGAGGAGGAUGAUGAUGAAGAGAAAAUUGUUUAUCCUAAAACAGACCAACAAAGGAUCCGUCUAAAUGAAGCAGUAAAAAACAUUUUACUGUUUAAAAAUCUAGAAAGUGAAGAGCUAACUAGAGUGCUGGAUGCCAUGUUUGAGAAAAAAGUAACACCAGAUGAACAUGUGAUUGACCAAGGAGAUGAUGGGGACAAUUUUUAUGUUGUUGAUAGUGGUACAUAUGAUAUAUUUGUAAAGAUAGAUGGAGCUGACAAAAAUGUUGGUAACUACAUUAACAAAGGAAGUUUCGGAGAAUUGGCCCUUAUGUAUAACACUCCAAGGGCAGCAACUAUUGUUGCAACUUCAGAUGGUAUUCUUUGGGCCUUGGAUCGAGUCACAUUUAGGAAAAUAGUUCUUAGAGCAGCAUCUAAGAAGAGGAAAGCGUAUGAAGCACUCAUUGAAAAAGUCCCAAUGCUGUCAGAAAUAAAUAUGAGUGAAAAAAUGAAUCUAGCUGAUGCGCUUGAGUCAAAAACAUAUGAUGAUGGAGAAUGCAUUAUCAAACAAGGUGAUGAAGCAGAGUUCAUGUACUUUGUGGAAAAAGGGGUUGUCUCUAUUCAAAUAUUACAGCCGGGUGAGUCAAAUGAGGUAGAAGUUGCAACAUGUACUGAAGGACAAUACUUUGGAGAGCUUGCAUUGGUAACUCAUAAACCAAGGGCAGCAUCUGCAUACGCCGUCGGUUUAGUAAGAUGUGCAGUGUUGGAAAUCCAUGCAUUUGAACGACUGCUGGGUCCUUGCAUGGAUAUCAUGAAACGUAAUAUAACCAACUACGAAGAGACGUUGAACAACCUCGGUAUUGAACACACUGACCUACGGUAGACGUGGCGCUUGUAAUGUUUAGUCAAUUACUGGCCUUAAGUCACGUUUCCUCUCCUUUCGUGGCUGCAUUUUUGGAAUGGUUUUAUCCACGUUUUCUCUUGUUCGGUUCUUGACGAGGGACUGUUGUUGCGAUUUUAAAGACCAUGUUAGCCGAUGAUUAAUUAGGCAGAAAUAUUUUAAUCAAAUAGUUUCCGUAUCUUAACUGAUUUCUAAACAUUUGCGGAAUUUUAGAGGAUUUAUUUAUUGUUUAGAAAAGUUGAAAGAAAUGUUGUAUUGGUAUACUGUAAAUAAUAAAACUUACCUUACUAAUGGCUGUUACAUAAAGAUUUCUUGCGAGCCAGCAUGAACAGAAGUAAUAGUUUAUUAGUUUAUUACUUUGUUGUCAUGCGACAAUAAUAUGAC